AUUAAAGUUUAAAGACUGAUUGAGUAAAACAGUAAAACACUAAAGAAAAAGUAUUAAAAAAGUAUAGAAAAAUGAAGUGGUUUUUAAUAAAAGUAUUUCUAAUAAUAUGUAAUCAAGUUCUAAUAAAUGGAGAAUAUUACUCCUCUGCUUACAAAAUGUCCACUCUAAUGGAUGCUGAAUUAAAAAUUUUAGAUAAUAUGGAAAUAUUUAUAAGAAAAAAUGAAAAUAAAUUGAAAUUUUUAAAAGAGAAACUUUCAGAAUAUGAAAAAGAGCGUGAAGAGGCUUUAGCCACGGGUCCGGUAUACUUUCAAAAUCCCGUAAAUAAAUUUUUGUUAACUAAAAGACUGACCAAUGAUUGGGACAGAAUUGAAAACAUUAUGAAAUACAAAGAGGGAGAGAAGAUUUUGAAAAGAAUUGAAAAGCAUAGUAUAGAAAAUUCCGAAUAUGAUGGAGGCAUUGAUGGUUUAUUAAGAUUACAGGAUGCUUAUAGAUUAAAUACUUCCGAUAUAGCUCAAGGUAUACUGCAAGGUGUGCAGUAUGAUGUCCAUUUCGAAUCACGCCAUUGCUACGACAUCGGUCAAAGAGCUUUAGCUACCGAUUUCCUUAGAUUAGCUUAUUCUUGGUUAAAUGAAGCUUUAAAAAGAUUUUCAGCCGACUCUGAAGCUGAAAGUAAAAAUGAGUUGUCUUUUACAAAAUUGGAAAAAUUAGAUAUUGAAUUGGCUUUGGUUAAUGCUAAAUAUAAAUUGGGUGAUGUUAGAGGUGCUAAUCAAUCGUAUGUGGAUUUGAUUAAUUUAUAUCCUGCUAGUGAAAGAGUAGCUAAACUUUAUGCCGAAUUUUCUGAGGAAUCUGCCGAUAAAGCUUCAUUUGAAGUGGAUUAUACCAUUGAUCAUGAUCCACCUGUUGAAGAUCUCGAAACAGCCAGUCGAUCGCUGUUAUACAAAUAUACUUGCGCCAAUCUCUUACAACAAACUCCCACUGAAGAACGUGAAUUACGUUGUGGUUAUAUGACUGAAACUCAUCCUUUCUUACUUUUGGCUCCCCUUAAAGUUGAGGAAAUGAAUCAUGAUCCCCUGUUAGUUAUAUUCCAUGACGUCAUAUCCGAUAAGGAAAUUGCGGUAGUAAAAAAUUUAACUACAGCUAUUCAAAGAGCCACAGUAAUGGGGGCAAAUAGUUCUGAAGUGUCCACCGUUCGUACAAGUCAAUUUACUUUUCUACCCGUUACAGCCCAUCCAGUAUUAGGCAUUAUCGAUCGGCGAGUCGAAGAUAUGACCAAUUUAAAUAUGAAAUAUAGUGAAGAUCAUCAGUUUGCCAAUUAUGGUAUUGGUGGACAUUAUGCUGAACAUCAUGAUUACUUCUUUCCAACUCAUAUGACAAAAGAAAGAUUGAGUAAUUUUGAAAUGGGCAAUCGCAUAGCUACAGUAUUAUUUUAUCUUAGUGAUGUAGAACAGGGUGGUGGCACCGCCUUUCCUUUAAUGAAACGUCAUUUAUUACCCCAAAAAGGUGCUGCUGCUUUUUGGUUUAAUUUGCAUGAAUCUGGAGCCGGGGAUGAACGUACUUUACAUGGUGCCUGUCCCAUUAUAGUGGGUUCUAAAUGGGUUCAAAAUCGUUGGAUACGUGUACAUGAUCAAAGUGAUCGUCGACCUUGCUCAUUAUAUGAUGAUUCUCUGUAAUUUGAUUGUAUUUG